AAGAAGAGCAAACGUAACACAGUGUCGCCAGCUUCCUCAAUAUCUUUCUACCCAACGCAGACGGUCUUCUAUCUGUUCAAUACGUUUACCCUGUACAUUUUUCGCGUGGACGUCAGAACUUUGUCUACAAAACAACCAUGCCUAUUGUACGCGUCCUGACGCCAAAGGAAAGGCUGGUAAAGCUCGGUAUUGGGAUGCUGUGUUCCGUGGCUUGUCUAGCCGCGAUCUUGCUGGUAGUUCUCGGCAUCACCGUGGCCCAGCCAGCGGUGCUUCGCAUGCGGACCCGCCAGGCAACCUGCCGCGUGACCGGCUCUCACUUCGUCGGGGACAAGCCCGAUCGUCCCAGCCGGUUUUCCUGCAGCUGCUCGCUCGGUCGGUACGACGUCUGUAUGAGCUCGUACAAAUGUCUUGUGAUCUCCGUAACGUUCAGUACCGAGGACGGGGAAGAGCGAACAGCUGAUCUAGUGGAGUCCGAAAAAGAUCUUGGAAACGAGUGUGCGAUUGUGCCCUGUGACCGUGACCACGCGUUGAACGACGAUAUGGUGGAGGUGUACCAACAAUACUGGGGACUGGCCGGCCAGACCUACCCCUGCUGGUACGACCCGGGAAACCCCUCCGGUGCAGCCCGUACCCACCAGAAAUCUUCCUCCAUUGAAGUGUUUCACGCGCUUUUCUGGCCAGCCUUGUUUCUGGUGGUGUUCUCCGUAGCGUUCGCCCUCGCCUCCAUCCGGUUUCAGCGGUACAUUGAGGCGACCCUUCCGACCAACGAGUCCAACAACCCCUGGUCUCGUCUCCAGGAUGAACCGGAAGGACCCGGGGACGAGAAUCAGCUCCAACCCUCUUCAAGACCCAAGCUAGUUUUCGAAAACUUUGCGUAGGGACAUUCUUUUUAAAAAGUGAAAGAAGAGUCUAUAUUGUUCUAAAGAAGGGGAAGAGUUGUCCAGAGAUAAGAUAGAAGAGACCUGAUGGCACGGAACAUCGUCAAACGCGGGUUGAAAUAUUUAUUGAAACGUCAGAUAAUGAAUGUUGCCAAACACACUACAAGUAAUGUUCUAUGUGAUGAAGUACUUUCAGUGAAAUAUUUGUGUUCGCCUAUUGUAUAUACUAGGAUUUGUAAAAAGGAAGUUGUCAGAUUAUUCUCGUACGAAUAUAUAAAAGGCUGACCGUACAUGUAUACAUGUUCGAAUAGAAUCAGACAAUAUGUGCAAUUUUUAUCACUUCCUCUACACUGCAGCUGCUAGAAUCAA